AUGUCGAGGCCACUGCGCGCUGAAGAAGCCCGAUACGUCGUCCAAGAUGGAGCCAUCUUCGUUUACGACGUCGAUUCCUCUGGAAUUCAUGAAUGGCGCGAUCAUCGUCAAUGGCAUGACGAGUUUGUGCUCGGCGACUUCCGAGUUUCGUGCGAAGCCGACCUAGACUCCGCGCAUCUCACUGGACGGUUGAUAAGACAGAGCAUAACUCUAUAUUGGAACGGCCUGGAGCACCAUGUCAUCUCAUACUUCCAGAUGGAUACCCUGCGCAGGGUUCUGUCUCGAGGCAUAGCACCGCCCCAAAGCUUGGAUCAGCUCCGAAUACGAGAUGGUCUUGUUGAGAUGCAACUACAUCUUCGCUAUAGCGUCGUGUACAGCCCUUGGUAUGGCUGGAUCUUGGCGACCGAGAGUUGA